CUCAUGCGGCGACGACUUCGGUCGGCUUCGUCGGCAGACAGAACAAACCGUCAUCAACCGCAGUCAACAGCAGCCAGACAGCUCUCGAGUGCAGUAGUUUUUUGCUCCGUCACAGUCACAGCCAUCAGCCGAACCAAAAACGGCUGUCGUCCAUAGUUUCGAGAUUUAAAUUUUCGGAUUAUUGUAUCCUCGUCGUCAGCGCGUUUCUGGAUCUAAAAUCGGCCUUAUCGGAUUCCGGUGUACACGGGCGCGGAACGAGUUGAAAAGAUCGCUUUUUCGUGUGGAUUACAGUGUCGACGGAAUACUGCUAGUGUUUAGCAAGUGCAGCGAAAUCCCCCCAGGAGCAAUCAAUAAUGUUUCCAACGCCGUUAUCGGAGGAUUUCUUCCAAAAAUGUCGGACCGAUUUCUACGAGUGCCCGAAGAACGUGCUGGCGCAAAACGUUUGCACCCGGAUAGAUCCUUUUGAAGCUUGCAUGUCGCGAAAGGCCUUGGAAAACACCCAGCAUGUAUUCACAUACAAGAUUGAAAACGAGGGCAAACCGCUAACGAAUCAGAAGAGUUCCGGCCGGUGCUGGCUGUUUGCAGCGCUGAACUGCAUCCGGAUUCCCUUCAUCAAGCAGUACAAUCUGGACGAGUUCGAGUUCUCUCAGGCGUACCUGUUCUACUGGGACAAGAUCGAACGGGCCAACUACUUCCUGAACAACGUCGUAGACACUGCCCGGCGAGGGGAGAAGGUCGACGGACGACUGGUGGCAUUCCUGCUUUCGGAUCCGACGUGCGACGGCGGCCAGUGGGACAUGCUGGUCAAUCUUAUCAACAAGCAUGGGUUGAUGCCGAAAAAAUGCUUCCCGGAGAGCUACAGCUGCGAGGCGAGCACGCGAAUGAAUUCCGUUAUCAAGAGUAAGCUCCGGGAGUACGCCAAAGUAUUACGUUCGCUGAUCGCCCAUGGAGCCAGCGACGAAGACGUCCAAGGCAAGAUCCAGGAGCAAAUGAAUGAGGUGUACAACGUGGUCGGCAUCUGUCUCGGCAUUCCGCCGGAGAAGUUCACCUGGGAGUAUUACGACAAGAGCAAGAAAUACCUAAGCAUCGGGCCAAUCAAACCGACGGACUUCUACGAGAAGUACAUCAAACCGUACUUCAACGUGGACGACAAGGUGUGCCUGGUGACGGAUCCCCGCUCGUCGAAUCCCUACGGGCGAUCCUACACGGUGGAUUGUUUGGGAAAUGUGGUCGGUGGACGACCGGUAUUGUACAACAAUCAACCGGUGGAGACGCUGCUGGAUUUGGUCACCAAGGCGUUGAAAUUGGGCGAACCGGUUUGGUUCGGAUGCGAGGUCAGCAAACGUUUUGCUGGCAAACAGGGCAUCGAAGAUCUGGAUAUACAUGACUUCAAGCUCGUUUUUGGAGUGGAUAUCCAAACUACUAUGGAUAAGGCUGAUCGUCUAAUGUAUGGCGAAUCAAUGAUGACCCACGCGAUGGUAUUUACUGGUGUGUCAGUUGACCCCAAUUCGCAAAGACCAACCAAGUUCCGUGUGGAGAAUUCCUGGGGUGAGGACCGUGGUGAAAAGGGAUACCUCAUUAUGACGGCCGAAUGGUUCAAGGAAUUUGUUUUCGAGGUGGUGGUCGAUCGUAGCAUAGUUCCCCAGGACGUUCUGGACGUGUUCGAUCUGACGCCAACGGUUCUGCCUGCCUGGGAUCCGAUGGGUACCUUGGCCAAGUAAACUGCCAUGGCCAUGGUUUAUUGCUUGCUUGCAUCACACGGCGGCGCUUAUUUAAACCUUUUUCAAUUGCAUGAAAGAAACAAAAAAGAUCUAAGAUAUUCGAAAGCAUACACAAACAUAUUGAUAACUGCUAUGAGCAGUAGGACUUCAAGCUUCUUUAAAAAGAAAUAAGAGCUGUAGGAAACAAAACGAAGAUAGAAACUCAUAGCUUUUCGCGGGUUGCUCUAAACAAACAUGUUGAAGAGCAAACCCGCCGAAAGCUUGAAGGGAAGCCAUUCUUGUAUUUGACAAGAAGUAAUUUAAUCUAGCUAAUAUGUAAACUGUAUUUAAAUGAAUAAAAUAUUAAUCGCUAUGUAACAGAUAUAAAGAAAACAGAUAGGAAUACGGAAGACAUAACUUUUUUAAAAAGAGAAAAAAUACAUUGUACGAGACGAAUAUUGUAAAA